AUGGCCUGGAUACACGGCCUAUUAUACAUUCUCCCACCGGACCAGCUGGUCCCCUGGUCUCCUGGGUCUGGUGGUUUCCUGGUCUUUUUGGUGGAAGAGAUGAUAUGGAAUCUGGGGAGCUCUGAUAUUGACGGGAUGAGAAGAAUCUGUAAUUGUGACCUCCAGGUUGUAGAAGAAAACGCCCUACCUAUUCGUUUUGGAGCCAGUUUGAAAAUACACCAGAGUGGGAUGGAUGAAGAAAGCGAAGGCUACUUGUCAGUUUACCUAAUAUUGCUCAGCUGCCUAAGGAGACCAGUGUGGGCCAAGUUCCAGUUUUGGAUCAUCGAUUCUGAAGGAGAAGAAAUACAAGGCAUGAAGAGCCCAAGAUUCUUCAGGUUCCUAGAAAAUCAACAGUGGGGAUUCAGAAAGUUCAUCCUUCGAGAUUUCCUCUUGGCCCAGGAGCCUUGGCUGCUCAAAGACAAUGAACUCAGCCUACGAUGCAAGGUGACUGUGGUCUAAGAAUCCUUCGGCUUCUCUGAAGAGACCAUGAUGCCAGGGAUCCAGGUUCCAAGGUGCACUCUGGCAGAUGAGCUAGGAGAGCUGUGGGAAAUUUCCUUCAUCACAGACUGCUGUCUGGUGGUAGCAGGCCAGGAAUUCCGGGCUCACAAGGCCAUCUUAGCAGCUUGCUUUCCAGUUUUCAGAGCCAUGUUUGGACAUGACAUGGAGGAGAGCAGAACAAACCGCAUUGAGAUCCACGAUCUGGAGCCUCAAGGCUUCAGGGCAAUGAUUACACUGAUUUACAUUGGGAAGGCAUCUGAUCUCCACAGCAUGGCAGAUGUUCUGCUUGCAGCUGCUGACAAGUAUGGCCUGGAGUGUUUGACAGUGAUGUGCCAGGAUGCCCUCUGCAAGGAUCUCUCCAUAGAGACUGCUGCCCAGAAUCUCAUCCUGGCUGACCUCCACAAUGCAGCGCAGCUGAAAACCCAGGCUCUGGAUUUCAUUACAGCUCAUGCUUCUGAAGUCUCUGAGACUUCAGUCUGGAAGACAAUGGUGGGCUCAUAUCCCCACUUGCUGGCUGAAGUAUACAGCUCCCUGGCUUCUGCUCACUGCUCUUUACUGGAGCCCCUUCCCAAAUGCCUCAAACAAUGUUAUGACCCUAUUAGCUCUGACCUACAGUUGUAUUCUAUAAGCGGCAGCCAGCAUUAUUUCCAACGACUAUUGGGAAUAGUGCGGGACACUGUAGCAUUUUCAGAGAACCUGUGGAAAGACAGAAAGGGGGCUCAGGCCUUUAAUACCCCUGGAAAUGAGUUGAAUGGCAGUUUUUGGGGAGGGAGAGCACUGCAUUCUGGGAUUCUCUACCCAGAUGCUAUAUUAGUUUGCUUUCACUACAUUGAGUCUGAUACUGGGGAAUCAGUGGUGUUGGUGGCCCCAAGCACAUCCCAACAGGGUUUCUUUGGAGGAACCUCUCAGGAUAAGACUGAGCAGAGCAUAUUAUCAAGGAUUUAG